UAGAGAACACACGUGGGUUUGGGGGCAAAUAAGGAUAGCAAAGACUUGAUGAGUUGUAGAAGGUCAUUGCUUUUUAAAAAUAAAAAAAUAGACGUUGAUUAGUGUGAAUAAUCACAAACAGCGAUACAGGGUGAAAUGGCUGACUUCAACUCCGGUUUUGAUCGAAGUGUCUCUGAAAACGCCGAGGCUACUGAGCUUCAGAAGAUGAUUGCUGUCGAACAGCAGAAAGCGCAGUUUCAGGCACAGGUGCACAACUUCACCGAUGUGUGCUGGGAUAAGUGCGUGGAGAAGCCGGGUUCAAAGAUGGACUCACGGACAGAGACCUGCCUCAUUAACUGUGUGGAGCGCUUUAUCGACACCACCCUCACCAUCACCAACCGCUUCACACAGAUGGUGCACAACUUCACCGAUGUGUGCUGGGAUAAGUGCGUGGAGAAGCCGGGUUCAAAGAUGGACUCACGGACAGAGACCUGCCUCAUUAACUGUGUGGAGCGCUUUAUCGACACCACCCUCACCAUCACCAACCGCUUCACACAGAUGGUACAGAAGGGGGCCCACUGAUUCACGCACGUGUGUGUGUGUGUGUCACCAGAGCUUACCAACUCAACUUCGGGUCUAAAUGUGUGCUGCACUUGGGACCUCUCUUUGACCUCUCAUAGGCUCAUGUAGCCUAAUCUUUCUGGAAACAUGAUCAUCACCCAUCAUACUUGAUGUUACCAAGAGCAAAAACGAAUAUGGUUAUGAACAGGCAUAUAUAUUUUUUUCCAUUCUUCAAACAUGCCUCUGCUUCUCAUUCCUGGACAUUACAUCCCAUCACCCUCUGUGCAUGGAUUGAUAUGAUGUACACCGUUUGUUUUAAUGUUUGACAACAUCUUAUCACAUGCCUCUCCUUACCGCCAUAAUUCCACGUGUUGAAAAAUGAAACCGAUUAAUGCGUUUACAGUUGAGCCUAUCAAAUGUUUAUUGUUAUUGCGUGUGCAGAAAUGGAAUAUUCAAAUAAACAUGUUUUUGUUA